UGUGUUGUUCACUGUCCCAAACGGAACGAACCUCAUUGAUCACUUUAGUUGAGUAGUGAACGUGAAUGUGUAUUCCCGUUCUGCCGUUUUUUUCGUGCCAUAUUAAGUUUUGAAAUAACACAAAGUCGAGUUUAAUCGACUUACAAACUCUAUUUAGUGAUGUAUUUGAGGAUAUAUUCAAUCCUAUGUUACGCAGUCCUGAUAGGAUUUGCUGCUGCUAUACAGAACAAUCCUCAACACAACAGUGAUAUCGGAUUCAACGAUGAUGCAGGCAUUGAAGGAAGCGGCAAUGACGGUGAGGUGACCCAUGACUUGGAGUCCAGUGGGUCUGGUUUUGGACCAGAUGAUGAAGAUACACCCAUAGAGCCACACAUAACUCCAAGGGUGAAAAACAACUUGGACACGAGAAAACCGAGCGAAACUGUUCCAACGAAUACACUGGACACCCCUGAGGUCAGAAAUCCACCUCACGAGACCAAUAUCAAUAAUAAUAUCAAUAACAACAAUAACAUCAAUCCAUCUGACGAGGAGACUGAAGUGAAGAGUAUGGAUCCUAGGACAUCGUUCUUCGCACAGCCUGGCAUAUUGGCAGCCGUUAUUGGUGGAGCAGUUGUUGGACUUCUUUGUGCUAUUCUAGUGGUUAUGUUCAUAGUCUACAGGAUGCGCAAAAAAGACGAAGGAUCGUAUUCCUUAGGAGAACCCAAGCCAUCUCCGAAUGCAAAUACUUACAACAGAGACGGACGUCAAGAAACAAUGAAACGUAAAAACCAGACACGGAAAGCCUACAAAUAUGAAUUUUGACAGUCAAGACAAUUAGUCGUAUCGACUAUUUCUAAAAAGCAGCUAUUGUAAUGGACUGAACCGUCGGUUGCAAAAUUUUAAUUGACUUUUAAAGAACUGAUCUUCAAAACUGAGGGACUCAAUCUAUUCGAUGUAAAUUUCACUUGCCGUAUGAACAUAUCUUAUAUGUCGAUUGUCAUUUCCAUUUUGUAUUUAAAUUUCCAGAUGCCAUAAAUUUUAAUCAACUGAUCGGAAAAGUAUAGAAUGAUCGCUACAUUCCUUUUCAAUCAUUAACAAUGUGAAUCAAAUAAAUAUGGGCCUUUUUAAGAGUAUUUCAACUCUCUGGGAUUCAUAAUGUUGAAUCAAUUUUAUCUGUAAUUUUUUUCAGCAUUUUAGUACUCUGCAGCUCAUACUGUAUAAUAAUUUGAAAAGAUAGAAGAGUAUAGCAUUUUUGUGCUUUGUUUCUAUUGAAAUAGUUAUAAAUAAUCAAAUAAUGGAUCCAUUAAUUUUCUUAUUUAUUUAACAUAUUUUUCUUUUAUUGGGAAUAUUUUUGUUGUAUUUUAAAUUAUGAACAAAUAUAUACUUACAAUUCA